AUUGCAUGUGAUGUUACAUCAAAAACUGUACGGUUCGAAAAUGAAAAUCGACUUGCCAAAACUGUCGCGAUCCAGUACAUUUUCAUCUACGAUUUAUCAAAAUUAUCUUGUCAAUCUACUUUGAAAAUUUUUAAUUGUCGUUUAUCGAUAAAUUAUAACAAAUGAGUAAGUUGAAUUUUUAAUUACUUCGCCUAUGGUUUUUCUUUAGUUUCUUAUGCUAAAUAAAAUGGCAAAUAAAGGUGGCCCAGAAACAGAAGAUCAAGCUCGUGUAAGAUUUCAAAUAGAGUUAGAAUUCGUUCAAUGUUUAGGAAAUCCCCACUAUUUGAACUUUUUAGCUCAGAGAGGUUACUUCAAAGACAGCUCUUUUAUAAAUUAUUUGAAGUACUUGCUGUACUGGAAAGAAUCUGAUUAUGCUAAAUAUAUCAAGUACCCAAUAUGUUUAUACUUCCUCGACUUACUACAAUACGAACAUUUCCGCCGUGAAAUAGUAAAUGGCCAGUGUGCAAAAUUCAUCGAUGAUCAAGUAUUAUUAUUAUGGCAACAUUAUACUAGAAGACGAACGAAAUUCUUACAAACAGCGAUGGAGUCUCAUGCUCUCGCUAUAAAUUCGAAUGCUAACGUGAACGGUAAUAUGAACGGAAAUGCGUCCCAUCCGAUCAAAAACAACGGACCGCCAUUACUCCACGGAUGAAAAUAGUGAUACUAUAUAAAACGAAUUAUUUUGUUUAUAAAUGUGAUACAUUAUUCGUAUGAAUGGGAUAUGUAUGAGUGAGAUCCCGUUGAAUCUAGGUUUCAAUAUCAGUAAUACUUUUAUUACAUCUUCGCAUGUAUUAUUUUUUGUGUUCUCUUUUUGAGAAAGUUUAAAAGUAUUUUAUUUUAAUGCCAACUUCCUAUUUUUUUCUUGUUGGCGGAAUUUGUUUUGUGCUUUGUGAUUACUUCCGCUCAGUUGAAUUGUAACAACUGUUUUGUUAGAACUCAGUAGAUCGCAAUAAACUUUUGUAAUAUUUCAA